CUCGAGCCAGCAGUUCAGCACAUCUACGACAACCUUUUACUAUCACAACGACCUUGCUUGAUUCUUUACUAUCAAGUAUGCGUCAAACAGCUGCUUUUUUGUCUUGUAAUAAAAUUGUCGCUACUACUUGUAACAGAUCAUUUUCUCGCCAAUCCUCUAUUUCCAAUCUGCAUUCAAUCCGCACUCGGUAUUUAAAUACUGCCAUUGCUCAUCAUGGUAGACACAUCUAUAACAACAAGCAUAUAUACCAUGCCAGUUUUUGUGCCCACAGAAGAUGGAGUGUAAUUUCAUCGCUUUCUACACAGGUUACUCAGCGCCAACUGUCUACCUUUUCCCCACUAUUGGAUGCAUUCACUAGAUCAAAUGUAAAACCCACCGCAUCAUCUACUACGGUCGACUCAACAGCAACCUUAUCUUUGGCUCAAAAUUCAAACCCUUUACCAAAAUCGCAGAAUUUUGGCAUUUCAAGUACGCUUGAAAGCAAUGAGCCUGGCGAAUCAUGGCGAUCAGAUAUCACCAUCAUCCGAGAAAUGUUGGGUUAUCUAUGGCCAAAAGAUGAUUGGAAAGUAAAGGCCCGUGUCGUUAUGGCAAUUACAGUUCUCAUCAGUGGGAAACUCGUCAACGUAUCCAUACCCCUGUUUUUUAAAGAGAUUGUCGACAUUCUUAACAGCUACGUUCCCAUGGCAGAUGCUGAUCCAACUGUUCUCGGUGUUGCAGGAACAGUACUGAUUGGAUAUGGCGCUGCUAAAUUGGGUGCAUCUUUCUUGCAAGAAAUGCGGAAUGCUAUUUUUGGAUCUGUUGCUCAGCGGGCGAUUCGAUCCGCCGCUAGAGAGAUUUUUGUUCAUUUGCAAAAUCUAGAUUUAUCAUUUCAUCUGGGAAGACAAACUGGUGGUCUUGUACGAGCAAUCGAUCGUGGCACAAAAGGCAUCAAUCAGAUUCUAUCUUCUGUCGUAUUUCAUCUUUUUCCCACUGCAUUUGAGAUUUCUGUUGUGUGUGGUAUUCUCACCUACACAUACGGUAUUGAAUAUGCUGCAGUCACACUUAUUACUAUGGCUGCAUACACUGCCUUUACGUUUGUGACUACUUCGUGGCGAAUGAAGUUUCGAAAACAAAUGAAUCAAGCUGACAACACUGCAGCAGCAACAGCUACCGAUUCUCUUCUCAACUACGAAGCUGUCAAACAUUUCAACAAUGAGAAAUUUGAGAUGCGAAAUUACGAUAUCUCACUCGCCAAAUAUGAAAAGGCUGCAAUUCAUACAGCCACUUCGUUGGCGUUUCUUAAUGCCGGACAAAAUGCAAUAUUCUCGAUUGCAUUGACCGCCAUGAUGUGGAUGGCAAGUCAAGGCGUGUUGGAGGGAAAUCUUACAGUAGGAGACUUGGUCAUGAUCAACGGGCUUGUCUUUCAACUGUCUAUGCCGCUGAAUUUUCUUGGAUCUGUGUAUAGAGAGACGAGACAAAGUCUGAUGGAUAUGGGAGUUAUGUUUCGACUUCAGAGGGUGGAAAGCAAAGUGCAAAACUCGCCUACUGCCAAGCCACUUGUGCUCACUCAUGGUGGUGAAAUUGUGUUUGAUAAAGUGUCGUUUGGUUAUAUGGAAACAAGACCCAUUUUGAACCAGAUUUCGUUUCGCAUACCUGCUGGUAAACGAGUGGCUUUUGUUGGACCUUCUGGAUGCGGAAAGUCGACUAUUUUGAGACUACUAUUUCGAUUUUAUGACCCUUAUUCUGGUGAGAUUUCUAUUGACGGCCAAAACAUUUCCAAAGUUACUCUUCAAAGCCUGAGAGAGUGUAUCGGCGUUGUUCCGCAAGACACAAUCUUGUUCAAUCAGACUGUGUUUUACAACAUCUUGUAUGGCAGAACAGAUGCAUCACCCGAAGAUGUGUAUGAAGCUGCACGCAAAGCUGUGAUCCACGACAUUAUUCAAAACUCGUUUCCAGAAAAAUACAAUACUCGUGUAGGUGAACGAGGACUGAUGGUGUCUGGAGGUGAAAAGCAGCGACUUCAACUUGCCCGUAUUUUUCUCAAGGAUGCACCAAUUAUGAUGUUUGAUGAAGCAACAUCGGCACUGGAUCAAGCAACCGAAACUGCCAUCAUGCGUACUAUUCGGGAAUAUCUUGCUACAUCUUCCAAAUUCAUCCAGUUCAACACAACGGAUACAGAUCAUGCCUUGUCUUUACAAAGUGGCCGUACGGCUAUUUUUAUUGCACACCGGCUAAAGACUAUUGCUGACUGUGAUGAAAUUUUUGUGCUGGAUCAAGGUAAAGUGGUCGAACAUGGGUCACACGAUAAAUUGAUGCAUAAAAAAGGACUAUACUAUCAUAUGUGGAAUGCUCAGCAACACGGCACACAUCAGCAUCAUGUAUCAGAAUAAAGACUAAAGAUAUGUAUGUUG